AUGUCUCCACGAAACUUGAACGUGCUGGUCACCAGCUUUGCUGGUUUGGGUCUGCCGCCGACCCUCGUCCUUCCAUUAUCUCCAUCAACAAGCGUUACAGAAUUGCGCGAACGCCUUGAUGAUCGACUACCAACAACUCAGUCACGAUUCAUCCUUACCACUCUCUCAAAUAAGCAACUCCCAAACUCAUCAGACUCACCUAUCUCCGACUAUCUAUCCACAAUCAACGAUGAAUUCCUUUCCUUGCGACUCGCCGUUCCCCUAUGCGGUGGUAAGGGUGGUUUCGGAUCACAGCUUCGAGCUGCAGGUGGCCGCAUGUCCUCGCGCAAGAAGAAGAGUCAAGAAGACCACGGUUCAAGCCGAAACUUGGAUGGGCGAAGACUACGCACAGUAAAUGAGGCCAAGGCUCUGGCCGAAUAUCUGGCUAUUAAGCCUGAGAUGGAAAAGAAGGAGAAGGAGAAGCGCCGUGAGCGAUGGGAGCAGAUUGUCCAGAUCUCUGAACAGAAGGAGGCCGAGAUCAAGACAGGCAGCAAAAGUCGACUGGACGGCCAGUGGGUUGAGGAUAAGGAAGAGAGCAGUGAGAGGACUCGUGAGGCAGUCCUGGCAGCUAUGAAGGCCGGCAAUUACAGAGACAACUUACUGGGCACCUCUCACGACUCCGGUUCUACACAGCCGAGUAAUGAGCAGUCUGGCUCUGACGAGGAGAAGGGCGCUUCAUCGGGAGAAUCAACGCCACCACCCGCUGAAGAUUCUAAGAACGAUAAGGGCAAAGCGAGGUCAUUCUUUGGCUUUGAUGAGGACGAUGAAUUCAUGAGUUCAGAUGAAGAAGAUGAGGAAAAAUGA